AUGCCGCUGUGCGCGUCGGCACAGGAGUGGGCGAACCUGCUGGCGCACACGAAUUCCUUCCGGUACCGGAACCAGAAGGACGUCGGGGAGAACCAGUACUGCCGGCCGCUCCUGCACCCGUUGGGGGAUCUCACGGGGAAGGAGGUGUCUGUCUAUUGGUACUCCAGCAUACGGAAGUACGACUUCUCCAAGAAGCCUGACUUGCUUCAUAUCCAAGCCGGGCCGUUCUCUCAGCUCGUCUGGGCGGGGACGAAGUACCUGGGGAUCGCGAAGGCGAAGACGAAGAGGUCGCAGAAGGUGUUCGUCGUGGCGCACUACUACCCGCCGGGGAACGCGACGGGGCGGUUCCACGAGAACGUCUUCCCGCUGGCGAGCCACCAGCGGGGGAAGUUCUACGACGACGAGGGGAACAAUCUCUCGGAGGCGGUGCAGCCUGCCGAGGCGAAGGAGGAGAAGGGGAAAGGGAAGGGGAAGGGGGACCUGGCGUACAAUCGCUGGCUGGGGAAGAGGGACACGUCGAUCAGCAGUCAGGAGAGCAGUCAUAGUAGCUAGCGGGAGUGGCUGGACUGUUUCCUCCCGUUUUAUUCUUCUUUCUCUUCCUUGCUCCUCUUUGCUCCUCAUUGCUCCUCCUUUCGUUCUCGGAUCUUCUUCUCUCGAUCUGAUUAUUUCUGUCGUCUGUUAUUGCUUCUGUGACGCUUACGAUCGGCGCCUCUCGAGGGCGAGAGGGGGUCCGUCAGUACAAUUUGGGACGGCGAUCUUCGUUCCGAUUUAGGCCUAAGUGAAGGAUAAAAAGAGAAAAUUAAAAAAAAGUGGCGAGGAUGGUGUCCCGCGGCUCGCUCGAAAGUUCUCUCUCGUGACAAUCGCAUUGCUCAAAAUGGAAUCAAAGUCUGCAAGUGCUGGAGACAGAACUGGGGGGGUCGUCCGAGCUGAAAAGGGGGG